GUCGGAGGGGAAAAUCAUUUGGACUCCGCGGAAAUCACCAACAGGACUAUUUUCCUUUUAUUUAGCUAGCUACCCAUCUGCCAACUCCUAUUUCUCACUCCCUUCUCUCUUGCUGUCAAACCGCCACACUGGCGAUGUCGGAGUCGUACGAUUUCCUGUUUAAAUUCCUGGUGAUUGGGAAUGCUGGAACAGGGAAAUCCUGUCUCCUGCACCAGUUCAUAGAGAAGAGAUUUAAAGAUGAAUCCAAUCACACAAUUGGAGUGGAGUUUGGCUCUAAGAUCAUCAGUGUGGUCAACAAAAUGGUCAAGCUGCAGAUUUGGGACACUGCAGGACAAGAGAGGUUCAGAUCUGUGACCAGGAGUUACUACAGAGGAGCAGCAGGAGCCCUGCUGGUCUAUGAUAUCACCAGUCGAGAAACAUACAAUGCUCUGACCACAUGGCUGAGUGAUGCAAGGAUGCUGGCGAGUCAGAACAUUGUCAUCAUCCUGUGUGGGAACAAGAAGGACUUGGACGCUGACAGAGAGGUCACGUUUCUGGAGGCUUCACGCUUCGCUCAGGAGAACGAACUGAUGUUCCUGGAGACCAGCGCUCUAACAGGGGAGAACGUUGAAGAGGCCUUCGUCCAGUGUGCUCGGAAAAUCCUCAACAAGAUAGAGUCAGGGGAGCUGGAUCCAGAGAGGAUGGGCUCAGGUAUCCAAUAUGGUGACGCUGCUUUACGACAGCUUCGCUCUCCUCGCCGGGCUCAGCCCCAGGGCACCCAGGAAUGCGGCUGCUAGUGGAAAUUUCCUGUAAUACAUUACAGACAAGGCAGGUUUGCGAAAAGACCGGGAGAAAAGCAGCCAUGUGGGAUCCGACAGCGACGGGUUCAGAUCACUAUGCUGGUGACUCCUCCCUGACCCUUUGACCCUUAACCUUUGCAUGGACCCCUCAGAACCUUGCUGCCAUGCAGAGAGCUCAAAAGACUUCCCAGCCAUGCCCUCUCCCAGAACUGAAAGAUCUCCAAGGUAAACAGCCCACCGCCCAACAGUCUGCAUCUAUUGGACCAAACUCUCCCUGCAACAAGGAACUACCGCCACCACUUUUCUCCUCCACACACCUGCUAACCCAGAUUACCACAUUUUAGUAUUCCCACUUGCUCCAGUCAAUCCUCCAGCUACUUACAAACAAAGCAAAAACAAAUUUUUGGAGCAAGCCCUGCAGACCUUUGGGUUGAGCUAAACUAACUGCCUCCUGGCUCCAGCUUGAUACUUAAUGCACUAAUGUGGGGUUUUGAAUUUCUCAUUUAACUUUUGGUGAGAAAAAUUUCUCAGACUGUGAAAAUAUUCCUUCAACCACAUACCAAUUUAAAUCCCUCUCCCUCCAUAGGUCUUCAGCAUCUCUUGCUCUAAUAAUCUGCUAACUUCAUUCUUACAUUUGCAAACGCACCACUAACAGUCACCUGACUAGCUGUACAUUUUGCACUCCUUGAAUGCCACUUCCACUCCCUUAUUUCACACAUUCACUCCCAGUAAAGUGUAAUCCAGUGCAAUCACCGUGUUGAUGUUCUUCCUAUAAUAUCCCAGCCGUCAUUGCAACUGACUAAUCAGGUACGGCAUGUGAUGUCAUAGCUUUACAGCGGGAGGAAAAAAUAAAGUUCAGUUAUUCCUGUCAUGGAAGGAGUGUAGUAUGGAGACCAAAAAGGGACAUGGGAGAAAAAAAACAUGGGAGAGAAAAAAAAAGAUGCACUUUUGCGAGAUCCCGAAAAAAUUAAAAAUUUAUGGCCAUGCGCAUCCCCGUUAAUGUUGAUACAGUAGUGUCUGUCAGGACGCUGAACGGAUGGGUUAGAGACUGCUGGCAAAAGUUGUCUUUAAUUCAUAACUCGGCAGCUACUGUUGGCCGUAACCACGCCGAAACUGUGCAGGCAUGAAGGAAUGAACCUGGCUGACUGUCUCGCUGUCACAACCUCACUCCUUCAAUCGCCACACACACAUGCACACAGCUGAAAAAUAAAAUCUCAAGCUCUGUGUGUGUGUGU